UUACAAACAGACAACGUCGAUAUCAUCAUAGUCGAUCGGCCAGACUUUUCCAGGGCGACAAGUUUUGCCCAUUCAAGCCAUUUGAAGCCUUACUCAAACAGGAAGGUCUUGCGACCAAACAGAGUUUUGUCGAAGCGAGGCGACAGGCGCGUUGCCCGCUCCCUUUUCUCAACGGUCCUGGCGCCGUCAUCCGGAAGCUCGACGAGCCGGCAGAGUUACUUUGAGCCUUGCUGGAGAUGGCGUUGGACACCAUAUACGUGGUCCGCCACGGGUUCCGAUCGAGUUGGUCCGUAGACCCUUCCACAGGAGAGUACUUUGCGAAUAUCCCGUCGCCUACUGGAAUUGCUGUCGACCCUGCCCUCACGGCGUAUGGUGUCGACCAGGCAAAGGAGCUGGGCCGCCAUCUGUUGCACAAUGUGCGACCCCCAAUCGAGAGGGUUUACUCGAGUCCAUUCUACCGGUGUCUGCAAACCAUAGAGCCGUUUGUCAGGAGUAAGCUCGAAGAAGGGGGCCAGGAGGGUCAGGUCACUGUUGGUGUUAACGCAGCCCUAAAUUCAUCAUCAACAACGACAGCAUCAUCAUCAGGAAGCUCCUCUGAUCCCGAGGCGCUACCGCUAAUCAAGAUCCGCGCUGAACCUGGAUUGGGCGAGUGGUUUGGCACGGCGCACUUUGACCACCCAGCUCCGGCCCGGGUCGACGAGCUGUCAACCUUAUUUCCUGGUAUACUAGACCAAGGUUAUUCGCCUGCCUUAACUCCGACAAGCCGUGGAGAGUCUAUAGAGCAGCUCCACGAUAGGGUAGCUCUUGCUGUGCUCGAGGUGAUCAAGCGCUGCGACGCAGAGGGUGUCCGUUCGGUCGUCCUGUGCACUCAUGCCGCAGUCGUGAUCGCGCUAGGCAGGGUCCUUACGGGACAUAUGCCCGCCGACAUCACUGUUGAGGAUUUCCACGCUUACACCUGCGGCCUUAGCGUCUAUCGAAGGCGACAACAGGCUGCCCCUGUUUCUGUAGAUCAGCCUUCUGUGUCGCCCGCAGAAGGGCCAGUUACCUGGAGAGACGGGACAGGCGUAGGAGGUGGAUGGGACUGUGAGCUGAAUAGCGAUUGCAGCUUCCUGCCUGGAGGGAGCGAACGCGGAUGGAAAUUCUCUGGGGAUGAAUCCUUUGGUGGAAUCAACCAAAGCAAUGUUGACGCGGACAAGCGCACGACUCGUUUGUAGGACUUUACCAUCUCGUGUGUUUCCGUUUUCUUGCACUACGGUAUAAACCGUGAGGAUGAGACAUUCGGCUGCUGCAAGGAGAGAAUAGACUCUCUUGGCGCGACUUUCGGCCUCAGCAGGACUCGCCUUGAACAAAACCCUGCGGCCCAAUCUCGGUUUCUGUCCUUUUUUGACCUCGUGGCCACUGAGGAUAAGUUCUUAAUUCCUCCAGCCUGUCACUAUUCCUCUCAGUUACAUGUGUACCUCGACAUUCUUGGCAUUUUGGGCUGAGUUAUCCCUUGCAGAAACUCAGCAGUGCGCCUCUUUACACUUGACCAGGAUCACCCGAUCUCCACCUUGACGAAUGAACAUGGCUCUGUCCAAUACUGCACCUUUCUAUGUGCCGCCACAGGGUGCAGAUCAUUCGCAAUUCGGUCGGGAAAUUUUCUUUCAAAGCUUCUCCCCCGCUGCCCUGCACAUGAUGACAUAGCUAUUAGAUUGACUGUGGCCAGGAAUUAGAAGCCGCCUCGUGGCGUGACUUAAUGCAGUCAUUAUCGACAUCUCAAGUGAGAUGUACAAAAGUUUAAUACUC